AUGAAUAAAGACUUUGCUGUCAUCCAGGGUGCCUUCCUUUCGGCCAAUAGGAUUUCUCCACUUUCUUCUUUACAAAAAACCGACUGGGACAAAGUUUGCGAUCCAAUUCUGAAAACUCUUAAUGAAAUCAACCAACUCAAAGUCGACAAGGAAGACCUGCCCAAGACUUUAGUGUGCACUGCGUGGCUAAAGCUGCUCUGCGCCGAAGAUAAUGAGAACAUAGACAUCGACAACCUCUAUAAAUAUCUUUGCACGGCUACUGUUGUGUCUUCCUCCAUCGCAGUUGUGCUCAGAGGUUGA